GACAAGACUUCGAUGUUUCACGACCAUUUCCUAAUGGUCUAAUGAAUUAGAAAAAACCGUGUUUGUAGUGAAAAGUUCUUAUUCUUAUGAUAUAUUUUGCAUUUAUUUACGUCCAAUGAGGUCAAUAAAGUAACUAUAAAGAAAUUCCUGUCGAGACCAAGUACUUUAAGAGGAUCACGCUGUUCACUUUAACAGACUGGAGGGGCACAAGGUGCCUUUGCUUUCCACUUCGGACCCACAAAGCACGAGGCUAGCUCCGUCCGGCUCUAGUCCAGAUAUGGACGAUGGAGGCAAACGACAAGCCACCAGGGUGUUCAAGAAGAGUUCCCCGAAUGGAAAGAUUACAGUAUAUUUAGGUAAAAGAGAUUUCGUCGACCACAUAUCAUGCGUUGAUCCUAUAGAUGGCGUUGUGUUAAUAGAUCCUGACUAUGUAAAAGACAGAAGAGUAUUUGGACAUGUACUCGCCGCAUUUAGGUAUGGUAGAGAAGAUCUCGAUGUCCUAGGCUUAACAUUUCGCAAGGACCUUUACUUAGCCGCCGAACAAAUCUACCCGCAAGACAGCCCGCAAAACAAACGACCUUUAACAAGACUGCAGGAACGGUUGAUUAAGAAAUUGGGAUCAAAUGCUUACCCCUUCUAUUUCGAAUUGCCUCCUCAUUGUCCCGCGUCCGUGACGCUCCAACCGGCACCAGGAGAUACCGGCAAACCAUGCGGUAUCGACUACGAACUCAAGGCGUUCGUCGGCGAAAGCCAGGACGACAAACCGCACAAGAGGAAUUCCGUGAGGCUGGCCAUUCGAAAAAUUAUGUAUGCACCGAAUAAACAAGACCAAUUGUUACUAAAUAAUAACAAUGACGUCAAUAAUUUUUUAGGAGAACAACCGUCCGUCGAAGUGAGCAAGGAAUUUAUGAUGAGUCCUAACAAAUUAUACUUAGAAGCGUCUCUGGAUAAAAAAUUGUACCACCAUGGCGAAAAUAUAGCUGUUAACGUACACAUAGCGAAUAAUUCAAAUCGCACAGUCAAAAAGAUCAAAGUUUCAGUUAGACAGUUCGCUGAUAUAUGUCUAUUUUCAACAGCUCAAUACAAAUGCACAGUUGCUGAAACUGAAAGUGAAGAAGGGUGUCCGAUAGGACCUGGCUUCACACUUAGCAAAGUUUUUACGCUUACUCCCUUACUGGCCAAUAACAAAGAUAAAUGGGGUUUAGCCCUCGACGGUCAAUUAAAACACGAAGACACAAAUCUUGCGUCUAGUACACUUGUAGCUGAUAUGUCACAACGAGAAAAUUUGGGAAUCAUCGUCCAAUACAAAGUUAAGGUAAAAUUGUGCCUUGGUGCAUUGGGAGGAGACCUUGUAGCUGAAUUACCUUUUAUUUUGAUGCAUCCUAAACCAGAAGAGGAAGUUCUACCGCCAGCCACACCUUCUAGGCGUGUCAGUGAAGAUGUCAGAAAUGACGUGCCGGUGGAUGCUAAUUUAAUUCAGCUGGACGCAGAAGAAAAUCAUGACGAUGACAUUAUUUUUGAGGAUUUUGCAAGAUUACGAUUAAAAGGAGGAGAAACUGAUGCAUGAAAGCGGGUACUGACAAAAACCCGUCCAUUUGUACCCCUACGUACCGAGGUGUAUUUCACCUGCGAAUAGGUAUUACGAAUCUACACAUAUGUUUCGAAAGUUAUUUUUCGAAAAAUGCCAAUGGAAGAAUACGUUUUUUGGGGAAUAAUUUUGAGCGAUAUUGGUAGAUUCUAGAAAAUGGUACCUACAUAACCAGUGUGUGUGCCCUAGUCAGCGGCUGUGCAUUGCGACACAACCAGAUUGCACUUCUUGUAUGAAUUAACUUGUUCCCUUCUUUAAUUUUUAUCUAUGUCCUAAUAUAUCAGUAAUUAUUUAUUAAAUUUUAACAAUAAAUUUUAACAUUUCUUCAAUG